GGUGCUGCUUACUGCCAAAUGUGAGGCCGAGGAGCCUUUCCUGCUACAGUAGAUAACAGCAUGAGAGCUGAUCUGAUACUCUGACCAAAGACCGCUGGACACAAAGCACUGAGGGGGGCUAACAGACAGAAGAUCGUGGUGGUGUGGCCAUGGAAAGAAGGAAAGUUUAUGCACUGAUGAUGCUUUGGGCUAUGGCCCACCUCAGCUCUCCAGGGUUUGGUCUCAGGGCCCUGCGAAGGACUACAGGGGGGAGGAAGGGAUCCACUGGGCCAACAGGACAGGACGCCACCGGUACGCCACUCAGACGUUCUAAACGAGGGUGGAUGUGGAACCAGUUCUUUUUGUUGGAGGAGUACACGGGAACAGACAUGCAGUACGUCGGAAAGCUGCACUCGGAUGCGGACCGAGGAGACGGCAGCGUGAAGUACGUCCUCAAUGGGGAGGGAGCAGGGACUCUCUUCAAGAUAGACGAGAAUUCAGGGGACAUCCACGCUACCAAGAGGCUGGACAGAGAGGAGAAGGCCUACUACAUCCUCCACGCCAAAGCCGUCAACCGCUUCACCAACGAGGCGCUGGAGGGCGAGUCUGAGUUCAUCAUCAAGAUCCACGACAUCAAUGACAACGAGCCACGCUUCACCAAGGACCCCUACAUGGCCAGCGUGCCCGAAAUGUCCGACAUUGGCACCUCGGUAAUUCAGGUGACAGCCACAGACGCAGACGACGCCACAUAUGGGAACAGCGCCAGGGUGGUGUACAGCAUCCUGGAGGGCCAGCCGUACUUCUCUGUUGACCCUGACACUGGCCUGAUUAAGACUGCCCUGCCUGGCAUGGAUAGGGAAGUCAAAGAAAACUACCAGGUUGUGAUCCAGGCUAAAGACAUGGCAGGACAGAUGGGCGGGCUCUCAGGAACCACGACAGUCAGCAUCACCCUCUCCGACGUGAACGACAACCCGCCACGCUUCACCAAGACUCUGUACGAGUUCAGAGUGCCCGAGUCCAGCGAGCUGGGCUCUGCUAUAGGAGUCAUCCGGGCCAUGGACGCCGACAUCGGUGCGAAUGCAGAGAUGGACUACAGGGUCAUCGGGAGCGAUGGACCGGGGAUGUUUGACAUCACUACCAACAGGAGCACGCAGGACGGUGUCAUUAUGCUGAGGAAGCCUCUGGACUUCGAGAAGAAGCGCCAGUACAGUCUGCGCGUUCAGGUGGAAAACUCCCACAUCAACCCUCGCUUCUACUCCAUGGGCCCCUACAGGGACGAGGCCACCAUCAAGAUCAUCGUGGAGGACGUGGACGAGCCGCCGGUGUUUGAGCGCGCCAGCUACGUCAUGGAAGUCAAAGAGGACGCGGCCAGGAACACAGUAAUUGGCUCGGUCAGCGCGUCCGAUCCUGAUGACAAGCACAGCCUGGUCAGGUACACUAUUGAUCGGCGCACAGACAUGGACAGAGUGUUCAACAUCCAUGCCGGCAACGGGUCAGUGUUUACACUCAGGGAGCUGGACAGAGAGGAGAACGCCUGGCACAACAUCUCUGUCAUCGCCACGGAGUUCAACAACCCACGCCAGAUCAGCCGUGUGGCUGUGUACAUCAGAGUGCUGGACGUCAACGACAACGCUCCAACAUUUGCCACCAAUUACGAGACGUUCGUCUGUGAGAACGCCAAGGCUAAUCAGAGGAUACAAACGGUGAGCGCCACUGAUCCCGACGAGCCUGUGGGGGGACAUCGGUUCUUCUUCAGCCUGGCGCCGGACGCUGUGGGAAAGGCCAACUUCUCCGUCCGUGAUAACAAAGACAACACGGCGUGGAUCCUCACACGCAGGAACAGCUACAACAGCCUGCAGAAGAGCAUCUACCACGUGCCGGUGGUGAUUUCUGACGGAGAGUUCCCCAUGCAGAGCAGCACCAACACGCUGACCAUCAGAGUGUGCACCUGCGACCGGGAGGGCAACAUGAAGCUUUGCAAUCCCGAGGCGCUCACUGCCAGGGCGGGGCUCAGCACCGGAGCCCUGGUGGCCAUUUUGCUCUGUGUCAUCAUUCUGCUCAUGAUCGUGGUGCUGUUUGCUGCCCUGAGGAGACAGAGGAAGAAGGAGCCUCUGAUCAUCUCCAAAGAGGAUGUCAGAGACAACGUCGUCAGCUACAACGACGAAGGGGGAGGAGAGGAGGACACUCAGGCCUUUGAUAUCGGCACUCUGCGCAACCCGGAGGCCAUCGAGGAGAGCAAACAACGGAGGGACAUCGUCCCGGAGACCUUCUACCCCCCCGUCCGACGGCCCGCGCUGCCCCCGGCCCGGGACAAUAACGGGGACGUGAGAGACUUCAUCAACCAGAGGCUCCAGGACAACGACAGCGACCCCACGGCCCCGCCGUACGACUCCCUGGCCACCUACGCCUACGAGGGCAACGGCUCCGUCGCCGAGUCCCUCAGCUCGCUGGAGUCGGUGACCACCGAGGGCGACCAGGACUACAACUACCUGAGCGAGUGGGGGCCCCGCUUUAAGAAACUGGCGGACAUGUACGGGGGCGACGACAGCGACAGGGAUUCCUAACGAGAGCCCGGAGACACACGGAAAGAGCGGUCGAACGCGUCUAAAAAAACUCUGACAGAGAGAGGAGCACCAAUCCCCCGCCUCGGAUCGCCGUCCAGCUGCCGCUGCGGGGACCAGACGUAGGCUUUGUGCGUCCAGUCAGUGUUAGUUGCAUCUUCGCAGGGACGCAGUUAAAAGAGACUUUGUGUCAAGACUUUUUUUUUUUGUUUGUUUGUUUUUUUUUUUUUUGUUGUGUGUGUAUAUGGGGUGUACACCAGGCCCAAAAAUAUCUAUACCGAUGAUGUUUUUUUGCUUGUUUUCUCCAAAGCUGCCUGCGGUGGAAUCUCAACAAGCAGUUUUGUAAACCAACAGAUAUGCCUACGUAUUUUUCAGUGUUUCUGGGACAAAAACAUGCUGCAUAUUGUGAGUUCUAUCUUAGCUUGUGUGCGUACGGUAAUAUGAUACAAUUUCGCUGUACAGUUGUUUUUUUCUUUUCUUUUUUGUAAGGGUUUCUAUCUUGCAAAUAAUCCCCCUCUUUAGAAGCAUCCACCUGACAGUAACCUCCCUCCCACAAACACAGCAGUGUGACAUUUGUACACUAUGUGAUUAUCAUCUCCACUCAGCUUUGAGCUUUGGCUGUGAGGGGAGCUCAAAUACCAAAUAUUUCCUUACUGAGGUGAAUGUUGUUGGAGCCACCUCUUCGGGUGGCUGAAAAAUGAAGUGCGCAGAAUAAUGUGCUCAUUUCUAUGCUAAAUUCAUAGACUUAAUAAGGAAAAUACUGGUCUUGCUGGACUUUUUUGCUCUCUUCACAAAGCCACAUCUCCCUCUGCCUGGUGAAAGAUCAGAUUCAACAUUCAUGUGGGUAAUUGUUAGAAUCCAUAGAAAAAUGUGGUUUUAUUCCUCUCAUUGGUUCAUUUUUACCUUUUUAUUCAUGAGAAGGAUAGUUAACGUUAGAAUUAAUAGUCCGAGCAGUUGGUAAAUAAAAGACAAAAACAUCAUUCGUUUGUAAAGUUUCUGUGACUAAACAUUGUGAUGAUUCAAUGAAGUUGCCUUAAAUGAAGAGAAAGCAAAUCUGCACCAUAUACGCAAUGUAAACUCUCUAGAAGAUCUGGAUUUUUGGGGUCAGACCACUCUCAAAAGGAAUACCAUGCCUGAGUGUGUACACUAAAAAGCGAUUAGGGCAUGAUGUUUUUCCACACUUUCAGGAGGAAAUCUACAUUGUGUCCUGAGAGAGGCUCUGCGCUGUGCAGUGGAAUGUAUAAUAAAGUAGUAGUGCUGUAACGGAAAUGUGCCAAAAAGCAAAGAACACCAGUAUUUCCCUUUGAAUAGCCUCCACCACUGUGUAGGGUACGCCGUUCUGGAGCUGGACCCUGGACCAGCCAUUAGAUUUUCUGUGGGACUGACAGCUUCUCUCAUAAAGAUGUUUGUUCAUCAGGGGAGACCUGACCUUUAAACAGAGCAGAAUUAGAUUUUUAAACCCAGAUGAAGGUUGGAGCACUGAUGAGGACGGACGACGGUCUCAUUUUAGAGGUGAUUUAGUGUACAAAACAAAGCGAAAAGAAACCAUUCUCAAGUGGCAAUGUUGGUAAAUUACCCCUAACAUUACCCUUAAAAGCUCAUAACUGAGCAAAAAGCUUUGUGAAAAUCAGGAGUUUGAACUUAAAAAACACACCGACUACAACAUGCUCUGCCCCCACUUUACCGAAAGGUCAACCUGUGAAGAGGCUGACAUUUGUCAGACCUUUCAUGCAGUAAUAUCCCAACACAAUGGUGUAAUUGUCACAGUGCUACUUUUCCCUCUCCAUGAGCAGCAGUGCAGGCCAUUAAACAAGCCGACUGAUUACACGGUGGUUGCAAAGCUCUACGUGCAGCUAUUGUAUACAUGUGUUCUUUUCUUUGCCGCGCUGUUUUGUUUAUUAGCUUGUUGCUGGAGCCCCCAAUGUGCGAGUGGCCAUUUCAGACCGCCACAGUGUUGCUAGAAUGAGCAUUUAAUGGGUUUCGAAAACCCCCUUCACUGUAAAGAAAACCACUCGUCCGCCUCGUGGUGCAAUGUGAGGUCUCAAAUGGAAAUCAACACAACACAUUUUUCUUUGGUCUUCAUAAUUGUCCGGGUUCACACGGGGUGUCGGCAUAUCUGCUCCAUCACGGAGCCGAGCUUGUGUUUUCCUAUGGAGCGAAACUGCCUCCCAGCACAGGGUGCUGCAAGUCCAUUUUCUUUCUUUCGUGUUGAGGACACUCGGUGGAGGCUCUGAAGUCCCUUCCCCACCAGAUGCAGUAGAUCUGUGGUUGUUGAUGUGUAGAUGCGGUCGGCCUCGGGAGCUCGCCUCUACCACGCUAUAUAAUAUAUUGGUGGCAAUGUUAUUGAACUGUUGAGUUUUGUCAAAGUAGAAACAAUCUGAGGGGUAGUGGUAGUGUAAAAGGGGCCCUGCAUCACUGGCCGUUCAUCAAUCUGCUUUGUAAACCGUGAUAUUUUGUACUGAAUAUUUAUAUGACACAAUUAAACAUGUUUAAAAUCAGCCUGUCGACUUUUUGUUUAGAUUUUCUUGCAGAAUAAUAAAAGGCAGC